GUGUUUGUUCUGUUGAGUUAUCUAAUAGGGAAUGCCUGGCAGGCCCUCUAGGUUUAGUCUCUAAGUGUUCUCAGUCAGUAGUGGCAGUCUAGGCACUAAACUUUUGGGUGCCCUGGGUUGUUCAUUAAUGUGUGAUGAGCUAUUGGCCCGUGCUCAAUGAGCCAGGGGAUUUGUCGUGCCGUGGCCCGAAACCCGCCACCUCCCCCUGCUAACUGCUCUUCUGACCUUUCAGUCAUGUGCUAGAGGUAAAUAAGCAGUCACAGACUAAUCAAACCAGAGGCUUGUGCUCAUAACUCAUGCACGGCCUUCAUGGCCACCCCAGCUUGUUUCACUUCAUUUAGUUCAUGUAUGAUGAAGGAUUACCACUACUGCCACUGUUUAUCUGCAAAUAUUGAACCAAGGCACAGCUGCAGUUACAGUUAUUCUACAUAACUUUCUAAUAACCAUGGGCAUAUUGAAAACAUUUUCAUUUAUACUGAGCAUGUUUUGUACUGGAUAGUCCUAAUUAUUAUGGUCCUGCCAGUGUAAUCCACUGUAUACUCUAAUGUUGUGUUCUCUGUUCUUUCAACAGAGGCAACAGACAUCAGUAAUGAUCUUAAUCUAAUAGUCACAGGGCACAGCCCUUGAAUAUGCAAACUGAGGCAGACUAGCAAAUAUCACUGGAAAAGUAUUGAUUUUUUACCAUGAACACACACAACAGCACCAUCAGUUUUCUGAUGAUUUACCUUUUGCCAUAGUGUGUGGGUAUUGCUUCGGCAUUAUUAGGCAAACUGUAAGCAUACAGGUAAUGGAGCCUAAUGUUGCUGAGGUUCACUGCAUGUGCCUUGCAUCAAAGUGAAAGCAGUCCAGUGUGAUACGGGUCCUAUUUCCUAGUCUUGUAAUCUCACGGGAUCCUACUCGUGGCGUCUGCCCAUAAAACGAGUGGCGUGCCACACCAGAAAGAAUCCGUUGCCUCGCCCCACCCCCGGCCGUGGUACAUGGAUGUUGCAGUCCAGCAUCCUCACCCUGUGUCCUCACAACGGAACUGACUACGUCCGAAGAAGAAAGGGACACGCUGUGCUACGCCUACGCGACGUUCUCUGAGUAAGAGUGCAUCUUUAGUGUUGACAUAAAGGGAUACGCUACAUUAUUAAGUGGGGACAUCAUGGCAAACAGAGGACCCACUUAUGGGCUGAGUCGAGAGGUUCAGGAGAAGAUCGACCAGAAGUACGACCCGGAUCUUGAGGCCAAGCUGGUGGACUGGAUCGUGGUCCAGUGCGGGUCAAACAUAGACAGACCACAGCCAGGCAGACAGAACUUCCAAGCCUGGCUCAUGGAUGGAACUAUUCUCUGCAGACUAAUUAACAGUCUCUACCCUCGUGGCAAGGAGCCCAUUAAGAAAAUAUCAGAAACUCAGAUGGCCUUUAAGCAAAUGGAGAAGAUCUCUCAGUUUCUCCAGGCCGCAGAGGCGUAUGGCGUGAACACCACAGACAUUUUCCAAACUGUGGACUUGUGGGAAGCAAAGGACAUGGCCGCCGUGCAGAGAACGCUGAUGGCCCUCGGAAGCUUAGCCCUAACCAACGAUGACGGACAUUACCGUGGCGACCGCGACUGGUUUCACAAGAAAGCCCAGAGCAACCGACGUGACUUCUCAGACGAACAGCUUCGACAGGGUCAGAACCUGAUUGGCCUUCAGAUGGGCAGCAACCGCGGGGCUUCUCAAUCUGGUAUGACCGGGUACGGCCAGCAUCGGCAGAUCAUGUAAAAGUCCCCUAUCCCCACACCCACAGGACCUUAACACACCACACUCACUACACACGAUACAGCGCAGUGUUGUUUCAGACAGCUUCUCCUUGCUCUACUGUAAGGAAAGAGGCAGCAUUUCUUUGGCAAGCAAGAGGCAUUCAGUUUACCAAAUGAGCUAAGUGGGAUUCUCCUUCUGGCAGUUCCUCCAAGUAUUGCCGCUUAAGUGCGUUGAGAAGUAUUGCAGCAUGCUUAUAAUAGUAAUAAUUCGAUUUUUUUUCUGGCUUGUUAUGUUAUUAAAAAUGUAUGUCAUUUUGUGCCAUCAAGCAUUUUCAUGUUAUGAUGAGAGUCUCGAGAUGCAAGAUAGUCACUGCAAUGCUUCUUCUCAAAACUUGAAACCUAAACUUGAAAGGAUUGUAGUGAUGUUGCUUAAGUAUCUCUGAUAUUUAAAGAUGGUUCCCCAUCUUCUGCAUUGCUAGGACAAACCCAUUCAUUUAUUCAUAAUUGUGUCUUCAUUUGUAUGUUCAGUAUGUUAGAGAGACUGGAACUGCAUAUUUGUCUUUUAAUUGUAUCUAUGUUAUCAGAAUGCUGGUUUAUAUUUUGCGGCUUGUCUGUGAACGAAAGUGUUAAAAUAAAAUAAUAAAAAAAUAA